ACGACAGCAGAAGUAACGGCGGCUGCUGCAACGUACACAAGGAUAGGAAAGCCAACAUAGCAUCACACGAGGUGGAACGGCUGCGGGAAUGUUUACGUAUUUUAUACCAGUGAUUUCUUUACUGUAACGUGCCUCAGGAUCUGUUUCUCUAUGCCAGCAUUUACUAAGGACGAGGAGUUGCUUCAACGCAGAAGACUUCGACAGAAGCAGGGACGAGAAGGGUGUCCCUGCCAGCAGCCAUGGCGGUAGAGGAACAGCCAAUGAGAGAAGAUGCAGCCUUUGCUCGCCCUCCGCGCCAGAAUAGCAGCCAGGGCAUCGGGGCAGGCGAGGAGGGCUUUCCCCCCGCGGGGGGCACGCCCCCCCGCAGUGGCAGUCCCCCGGAUGGCGGGGGCACCCGUGCAGGAUCCGCUGCCGACGAUGAGCUGACCAGCCUCACUUGGCUUCAGGACACAAAUCUCCUGCGGAAGCUACCGGGAAGCUCCGCCGGUGGAGCGGGCGGACAGCCCAGGUCAACGAGAGUGGCGGAUGACGGAGAGGCCGGAGAGUGGAGUGCGGGGCAGGUGCCCUACAAUCCGCAGGUGCACGUUACUGCAAAGCCCCCUUACUCCUUCAGCUGCCUCAUCUUCAUGGCAAUCGAGGAGUCCGCCACCAAGGCACUUCCCGUGAAAGACAUUUACGCCUGGAUCCUUGCCCGGUUUCCCUACUUCCAGAAUGCCCCCACGGGUUGGAAAAACUCCGUGCGCCAUAACUUAUCCCUCAACAAGUGCUUCCGAAAGGUGGACCGUGAGAAAGGUGUGGGCAAGGGUUCACUGUGGUGCAUCGACCCCGAAUACCGCCCUGCGCUGGUGCAGGCGGUGCGCAGGGCCCCAGCUUUUCCCCAGGGGCUGUGGGGUACAUCUGCCUCCAGCCCUGUUGUAGUGCCUUCUUCCCAAAGCAGUAGUGAUCAGCAUUCUGACUCUCUGCCAACUACCAAUGUUCCUUCACCCUCUCUGUUUCCCUUCUUGUCAAAGAGAUUAGCAGCUUCUUCAACAAAAGACCAGGACGUGGACGCUGCCGCAACGAUGCUGGCGCUGCAGAAUGGUCCGAGCCUUCUUCUCCUCCGCAGUGAGUUUUGCGAUGACGACGAUGAUGACAGCUGCCAUGACUCUCCGCCAAGCCCAAGGGCAAUCAAGAGAAGGCGUUCAAAGCUCAGGAAUGCGUCCGGUCCACCUGCAACCGGAGGUACCGCCAACCACCACCCCGCGAGCGCCGUCAUGCCCAUCAUCACGAGCAGCCCGAGCGAGGACCACACGUACAGCGCUUCCCUCAGCAACGGCAGUGCCAACACGAACGAGGACUCGGACGAAGGAGAGGACACCGGGGUCCAGUACGAUGUCGUCGAGCCAUCGCCGCCGCCUCCUCCUCCUCCGCCGCCGGCGCGGCCAACUCAGCAAUCAAAGACUCAAUCCUCCGUGCCGCCGAGGAAACGGCGCCGCACCGCCUCUCCGCCCUCGGCGACUCCCACGCGGAAGAAGCUCCGGCGGGGGCCGGCCAAGCGUUCCGCGACCACCGUGGCACGAGUGCGGGAGAGGUUUCGCAACGCGGAGGACGAGAUGGCGGAAGGGGCGCACGCGCUGCUGAACCUGGCGAAGAUAGCCACCAGUCAGCAGCAGUUGUUGCUGCUCGGCGGAUCGUCCCGUUUCUACAGAGUUUUUCGUGACUGAUAUCGAACGAGGCGUCUCCAGCCACAACCCGAGGUUACAGGCUGUGCACGCAGUAAGUCUGCUCGGUAGCGCCAUCUGCACGCCUGACGGGUUUUUAAGCGUGCCGUGGGUGCGUUGUCGGUGGAGGCUGUAUUGCAAGUUCGUUCGUUCAGCGUGUCACCUGGUUUUAUUUUUUAAACAUUGUGUACGGUGGAGCUAUGUUAGUAUAUUCAUGAAAGUUAUCUAGAUUCAUUAUUUAUUCUUUUUUUUUUUCUCUUCCAGAGUGUGCAGUGCAUUUGAAUUAACGGUUGUCGCGUUACAAGAAUUUUAUUAUGCGUGCUUUCGGCACCCCCGAGCGAAGGCAAAACUGUAAAAACCAGGAAAUGAACAAUCGAGUUCCAAAAAAAUUUUUAUGUAAAACAUGUUCACGUGACUUGUUCGCGCCGACACGUUUUACGCGAGGCUUUACGCGCCGCAUAAUCACGCGAAUGAAUCGGCGUGAAGAUGACAUUGUGCUCGUGACAUCAGCGCCCGUUGCUCAGAUUAGGCUGCUUUUUUGGGUACACGUACCGUUUUGCCUUCUGCUUAACACCUUUAGUCUUUUGAGUGGGUCUCAAUACGAGAAGUUCGUAAAUAAAUAUUUGCGACUGCGAAUGUCAUGACGCUGCUAGAAGUAACAACAACAACAACUUUAUUUGAAUGGUGAAGAGUGGAGAGUCUGCAAAAAGUAGCUACGACAAGUGAUUAGAAAAACUUACCUCAAGAACGUGCACAAAAGCAAGAAUAGGCAACCGCAAAGUGUUUUGUUCUCUCUUCCGCCAACAAGAACCAGGCAGUUAAGGCACGUGGACAUGGUCCUAGCGAAUUGUGGUAGCAAUACUCGAGCAAUACAAGGUGAACCAUUAGUUACGUCAAGGUUAAAUACAUAGAUGACCUCAUGGAGAGGAGUCCUCUGGACAUUGUGACAAGCAGUGGUCAGUGCGAUGCAAUAGUCCCUUUCCUUAGAUAACUGUGCAGUGUUUCCAGGGAGUUGCAACCGAUUAGAAUCAAUCCGUGCACCGAUACGAUUUUCUAGCUAGCCUUAGGUAGCUUUUGGAAUCUGCCCAAGACCGCCAGCCACGCCCACAGUCGUGCACACUUUCGUACAGUAUUUUUCACCUACGUGUGUUGUGCCAAAGUAGAUGAGACAAACUGCAAUAAUGCCGGAGGAGACCCUCCAGGCAGAGACUCCGUGCUUCCCUUUUUGUGCUCGAAAUAAGGACAUACCUGUUUCAAAAAAAAAUAUUGAAAAAAAAAUUCACGAAGAAACAAAAUAAAAUGAGGCGCGGUGAGCGCUGGGACUUGAGGGGGUGGACGACCCUGAGGCAUCCCUGCCUGAUCCGUACCAUUAAGCAGUGUCUUGAUGAAUACACGAUAUCAUGACAUAUACUUUUACCAGUAAGUGGUACUCAAAGAAGUCAAAUACAUCUGCCUCCUCAAGUCGCUGCCUUUUCCGCUCGUUCAUGUGUGCAUAUCAUCUGUUCCUUCUUCUUCUUAUUUUUUCUCUGUACAUAAAACCACUUGUUUGUGAGUAUAUCUCCCAACGUUUUGAUACUCAAACAAAAAAAGUCCUAUGCAAUAAUUAUGUACUGUACAGUUGCCUGCAAAGAUGAUAGCACAGGUUAAUAUGUGCACAUUUAAUUCACCGCAAGUGAUGUGAUCAGUAUCUCUCAAAAUUUAUAUCUUGUUGAAAGGUUGAGGUAUAUUACUGUGUGGUGUAUUACUAGCCGAGGACAAACCAUAUGCACGGUGUGUGUGAUGAAACAAAUCUUAGCUUAUCAGCCAAAUUAGAUAAUGUACACGGUGCCCUAACUAACAUGCAUCGGGAUCUAAUCCAGUAUUGUUUGUUGUGCCUAAUUAGCUGAUUAGGUAAGGUUGAUUAGCGAGCUUUUGAAGUAUCGGGUUCCAAGAACGUACAAAGAAAGCCUGCAAAAUAAAAGGUAUCGCGUGGCAACGUGUCUGUGCACAGAGAUUGCAGUGCGCAUUAUCACACAGCGCUGUCUCUAUUAAUUUUUUUUUUUCUUCUAAAUCCUGGUGCAUGUUACUUGGGACAGCUUGUAGAUAGGAAGCCUCUUUUGCCACACUUUUGUGCCACCUGUUGAACGAAAAGAAAAAGGACAAAACAAAGAAGUCUUACAAAAAUUUGUUCCCUGGUGAAAUAUAGAGAGAGUUUUGCAGAACAGGGUUCAAAGACAAGCCCACAGGAUACUUCGUUCAUGGCAUUUUUUUACUUUAAAAUCUCGCAUGCUCCAGUGGGUUGCAUGUGGUAGUUUUUGUUUUAAGAAACAAACAAAAAUGUGGUUGUGUGUGGAUGUGUUGUGCAAGGAGCAUCCUGUAACAUAGUGUUUUACGAGCGGGUUUUGUGAAUGCACUACCCCCCCGUGUUUGUUGCAUUGUACAUGUUGUUAACGGGAAGGUUUGUUUCUUCUUCACGUCUCGGACGGUUUGUGUCGUCCUUUCUUUUUCUUUCUUUUUUCUAAGACAAACGUGCACAGGCUGGCCGUUCCCUCGACUGUAUGCAACGACUUUGACAAAAAUGACAAAUAUAAUAGAGGUUUGGACAA